AUGCGAUUCAAACAGAUAAAACCUCAGCAUGUCAGGAAGAAAGAGGGAGAGGAGGAUGGACACAUGGACACUGACCCAUCAGCACCCAUCUGUGCUCCUGCUGUUGACUGGAAUGGCUAUGACUGUGUGGACGGAGACUUUGAUGCAGGGAAGCUCCACUACCCCAGCCUUGUCUCAGACAUGGUGCUCAAGUCACAAAAUGGCCAUGCUGGGGUCAUGGACAUGAAGCCGAUGCUGGAGUUCUACAACAACAAUGAUGUCAUCAUUCAAGGCCGUCGGCCCAUUUUUUCUGAAUCAGAGGAAUCGAAUAUUGCUGGAAAGUUGAAACAGUGGAAGGAGCAGGGAAUUAAGUAUACCAGGUUGGAUGUGGUGAAGAUGGCCUCCGAAUAUGCUAUACACCUUGGGAAACGUCCGCAAGGGAGGCCACUCACAGUGAAGUGGUUUCGAAGCUUUCUUACUCGACACCCAGAAUGCUACAUCAGAAAGACCAUAAAAACCAAAUCGGAGAAACCUGAAAAGCAGUAUUUUAAUCAGCUAGACUCGAUACUGACCACCUACAACCUUAAGGAAAGUCCACACUGUAUUUUUAGUUUAGUAGAAUUAACCCUGCCCAUGUUAAAAAAUGGUGAAAUAUCUACAGCUGAAGAUUUGAGCAUCCACAGAGGCAGUAUCAAUGGAGGGAAGUCCAGCCACAAGAUAACAUUUGCAGGAAAUGUCCCCUCCAGCAUUCUUAUCUGUGGAAGUGCCGCCGGGCAAGCCUUACCUCCAUUUCUGCUGUUUGCAGGAAAAGCAAUGGAUAAGUCUAUAUUGUCGGGUCUGACUCCAGGUGCUGGAGGUAUGGUCUGUCCUUCCGGCAGAGCCACGUCUGAAGUCCUGGUUUCAUUUCUGAGGGAUCACUUUCUGUCGCAGGCUCCGGGAAGAGCUGGAGACACCCUGGUUCUGCUCUUAGAUGCCAGCUUGGCACGGACUCUCAACCAGGCAGUGUUUGAUAUUGGCUCAGCAUUCAAGGUUGUAUUUGUGACAGCACAGGUCACACUUAGCCCUCAGCUGCAUCCCAUGGUUGUUGGAUGCUGUGAUACCCUCCAACGAGAACUCUGCUAUGAACUGCAGAAGCCACUGUACACUUCUGAAACCGCGCCUUUAUCCUCAGCCUCAAUUUGUGAGUUCAUUUGCCGACUCUACCACCGCAGCAUGUCGGCUGAGAACCUCCACACUACAUUCAGAAAGGCAGGGAUUUUCCCAUUUAACCCUUUGAUUUGUCGAAAGUGCUAUAGCCUGGCAACCCUCUCUGCAGAUCUUGGUUCGAGUCACUCCAGCAAAAACUCCAGCCCUGCUUUAAACGACCACUCCCUCCAGUCGAAGAGUUUUGAAGAUGAUGACAUGGAACCCAAACCUGAUGAUAUUAAAGACUUGUAUUAG